AUGGACAAAAGCUCACUUCCGUCCAGCCUAAAGCUCACUGAGGUCGAGUCGACUUUGCGCCAGCUUUUGCUGGAUGUCGUCGCGUAUAUUGAGAGCACCUCUGGCGCCGAUCCACUUGACUCUACCGUAAAGUUGCCCGAAGAGCUCGAAAAUGCUCCAUUGGAACUUCGCUUUGCUGGCGGUUGGGUCCGAGACAAGCUGCUUGGGGUGGGCAGUCAUGACAUUGACAUUGCUAUCAACAAGAUGACGGGGCUCAACUUUGCGGAGAAGAUGCAGGAAUAUCUAGAAAAGCCCGAGAGUAUCGAGAAGUAUGGUCCAGACAUCCUACGCGGUAUAGCAAAGAUUGAGCGGAAUCCCGAGAAAUCAAAAAAUUUAGAGACGGCUACUACCAAGCUGCUGGGGCUCGAUCUAGAUUUUGUGAACCUCCGCAAAGAGACGUACAAGGACGACAGCCGGAACCCAGAAGUCGAGUUUGGCACGCCAGAAGAAGAUGCCAUCAGACGCGAUGCCACCAUCAAUUCAAUGUUCUACAACAUCAACACGUCGUCAAUCGAAGAUCUCACGGGCAGAGGCUGGGAAGACAUGCAAGCGAAAAUCAUCAGGACGCCAUUGGAACCGUAUCAAACUUUCAUGGAUGACCCACUGCGCACUCUCAGAUUGAUUCGAUUUGCUAGCAGACUCAACUACACCAUAGAUCCUGAAGCAGAAAAUUCUAUGGGCAAUGACGACAUCAAGAAGGCAUUUGCGUUGAAGAUAAGCAGAGAGAGGAUCUGGGUAGAGUUGGAGAAGAUGCUCAAAGGGCCAGACCCGCACAUGGCGAUGGUUUUGAUCGAUCGUGUCGGUCUGUACGACACCAUCUUCACAGACCCCACUCGAGAUCUGCCAUCGAAACCAGAGCUUUCCUACUUCGCUUCUGCGUACGAGACUGUUUUCGAGAUGCUUAGCCCCGAAAAGGCAGAUGACAUUAUAUCAUCUAGUCUACUACGCAGUCCGGAAGAGAAGUUUCAGGCCUGGAUGUCUGUUGCAGUUAUGGCAUGGGCCGAUGCACCUCUCGUCGAUCCUCCGAAGAAGAAUAGGCCAAUGCUAUACGCUCCGCAACUGGUAGCAUGGGAGGGUGUCAAGGCUCCGAACAAGAUCUCCGAUGUCAUUACAGCUUCGAUGAAGAAUCUUGAGGAGAUAAAAAACCUCAAAGAUCAGUGUGUGAUCCAACUAAGAUCCCCACAUAGGCGGAAGGAUGGGCAAGAUGCUAGCGCCAGGGAUAUUCUAGGGAUGGCAAUUCGAAGCUGGGGUCAGUCGUGGAGGAGCCAAUUGCUCUUCGCACUCUUGCACGACAUCGCUCUAGGAUCCAUCUCAAAAGAAACCAUUCUGUCCACAUACAGCGCCUUCCUCGCCCACCUCACCAAGUCUGACCUACUCGAUGUCUAUGCUGAAAAGCCCAUUCUGACCGGCACCGACCUCGCCAAAGCCCUUUCCAUGAAACCCGGCCCAUGGAUGAAAGAUGCCCUUAACGUCGUAAUGGCCUGGCAACUCCGCCACCCCGACAUCACAGAUCACACCGAAGUCGUCGAAGCCGUCAGAGCCCACGUCGAUGCGACGUCCAAAGGUGGCUUUAAACCCAACCCAAAGACAAGUGAGCUUCCCGCCCGCCUCGCCACCCACUUCCUCCAGCUUACCAUCCGACCCCUCUUCGCGUCAUCACAGAAGAACGAUCUUAACAACCUCACCCCCGCCGGCCAUGUAUCCACUCGGCCACUAACUCGAAAGACUGUCAGUUUCGACGAAGUGGCGCCCUGGAAGGCACCAGGUCAGGCCUACGCCAUCGACCUGCUCCGCUGGGUCCUACAAUCACUCGACCCCAAAGGCGUAGAAGCAAACUGGGGCUUACUCAUCCCCCCAAUCCUCAGAAUCCUAGACGACCUCGACAUAGCAUGGAAAGCGACUGGCUGCGAGCUCCUCACUCUCCUCUUGAAAAACACCCCCCCUGCAUUGCUAUCACGAACCGGCCUUGGAAAAGUCUUCGAAGAAACACUCAUGCCCUGCCUCACCUACCUCCCCUCCCUAACCCCCGAAGCCGAAUCGGUAGUCCUAUUAGAUAAAACCAUCCCAGCCCUCAUGGCGCUGGCAGACGCUCUAUACCCCCCUUCCCAAUUUUCCACAGCACCCCCCAGUGUUUCAUCUAGCAACACAAAAAGACCCCUUACAACACCAAAUCCCAUAACUCGCUCCCGCUACUUCGACAACCUCCUCCGCGCCGCCAUCUUUGCCCCCUUCGCACACUCGGGCACCCACGUCCGCAUCGCCGAAACCCUCUUCACGCACGUCAUCCCUCUCCUGGAUGCGAUGCAACUCGACUCCGUCAAGCACCUCCAGCGCCUCCUCCCCAUGCUCGCAGAUACCCUGUCCGAACCUCUUGGUGUAGCGUGCCCGCCGUUGCUGGAACAGGCGACGAGGGCGAUACAGGCUGUGAUGUUGAAUGCGUGGCCAAGGAUAUCGGUGCAUAGGGGGGAGGUGGUUAGGGGGCUAGUCGUGUGCUGGGUGAGGAUCUGUGAAUCGGAGGAGCUGGUGGGGAAUGGUAAGGUGGAGGGGUUGGAAGGGGUGAAGGGAGUUUUGAGAGCCGCCGCGGAGAUGCUGGUUGAGGUAGUAGAGACGGAUGGGGACGUUGAUUUUAAGAGUGAGGUGGCGGGCUUGGUUGAGGCGGAUCGGCGGGUUGGGGGGCUGUUUGACGGUGUUGUUUAA